AAUGUAAACUGUGACGGUAUGAAGUUGGUGUUAGAGACAGACUUGUGCUGAAGUUUAUAAAGCAACAAAUCCAAUGCUUGCCUAGCCAAAGAACAGCAUGUCUUCAUCAAGACAGAGUAAAAGCUCACAUGGCGGGAAACCGUUUUCUGCCAACAGAACCAGACUGGACAGUGGUGUAAAGACCACAGCUGAUGGUCAAAGAUACCCAGAAAUUAAACAGAGAGGGUACUACUCUGAUAUCAUAGGGGAAGACGCAAGUGACGGAAGAUUAGAGAAUGUCCUGAAUGGCCCCCUUACAGCCCAAGACACACUUUGGACCGUGUCCAAGGAAAAACACACUCCACAAGUUACUACUUUUGAAGAAAAUGCAGAUGUGUUAAAGAAGUUACAGAAACAAGUGUAUGGACCUAGUUCUGAGAUCACAACUAUAUCUGACUUCCCCAGGCAAGCGUCGGAACCUAAAGUACAGCUUCCAUUUUACACCAAACCUGGAGAAUGUCCCAGAAAGAUUGAAAUUGAAAGACGGCGUCGUCUUUAUAACACUUUGGAGUUACAAACACUGCUCGUAGACGAAGGAAUAAAGACAGAACAGCUGAUGCCAAAAAACCAGAAUGGGUGUGUACAGUUGAACUCUGACCCAGAAGACGCCGCCCCCUUCCCACCCUACUUGUCUCUAGACAUUUUUGAUAAUGAGGAGUUUGAUUGUCGACUACCGGCAGAGUGGAUAGCAAUGGGUAUGGAGGAUGGCCAGAGAAAACCUGUGCCUGGAUUGGCACUUCUGCCUACAAACGAUAAACAAAAGGAUUUGGAUCCUAAGGACCCCAGUAUAGCGUAUGAUUGGUUUGAGGUCGGAGUGUUGGAUUACGAUGAUGACAACAAACAAUAUCUUAUACAAAAAGUCAAUGAUCAGGGUCGUAUCCUGGACAACACAGGGAAACCAGUGGUCAACGGUGGGGUGCAGGCUGAUGGAACUCGUUUAUGUCUGCCUCGACAAUAUUGGAUCCCAAGGGUGCGCCUCAUGUUCACAGGGGAGAACCCAUGUGAAUUUACCCGUCGAGUAAGUACAGCCUAUCGUCUGAGGAAGGAGACAGAAGCUCUAUUGAGAUAUAACCUCUACAUUGACUGUAUGCCCAUGGAUGGUGUUGGAGAGCUUGACCAGGCCUCUCUCAAAAGGAUGAUUGACUGUGCCAAGAACUCGCCAGGACUUGGAAAAGACAAGGGGCUAGAGGACUAUGUACAGGUCCUGGAGAAGGAAGUCAACAUCGACUUCUGUCGCUCCAUGAACAGAAUCAUAUUCGACCAGACUGUUGAGGAGGAUCCUGUCACAUUUGCAUUCAUCACCAAACCUGAGGUCAAUGCUCAGCCUGUCCCAGAGAAAGGCUGCUGUAUGGACAUCGAGCCUUACGAGUAUGAUGACCAGUAUGACCAGUUCGCCUUCAAGUCAUUGCUGACCCUCGUGGAGAGUAUCCAGGCUUGUGGCAAGGUGCGCACCGAGUGUAAUAAGGUGGCCGUUAUGUCUCUGUUUCACAUCCCCACCACCAAACCAAUGAGGCUGGAGGAGUUUGAGCAGACGCAGUCACAGGCCACGUCGCAGGUGUCACUGUUUUUAAAAGACAGCUGGAUUUCAACACUGCGGAAUGCCAUCCGAACAUCUCUACGAGAUGUGGGCAAGGGCUGGUUCAACAUCCACGAGACAAACUUUGAAGUCUACCAGAUCUCCAAGCUGAAGGCCUUCAUGGAGAUGGUGAAAUUCAUCAUGCAGGACUCAAUGAGAUACCUUGUUCAGGACUCUCUCGUCAACUUCACACAGAUGGUUAUGGACGCAUGUCACUCGUCGCUCAAGCUAGAGGACGACUUUGUGUGGGGUCCUGACUACAUCACCAGUACCUUCAAGCCCAAGAAGAAUGCCCUGUUCCUGGUGGAUCUGAUCCUUGACCCCCAGGGAGUCCACUACAGCACCAAUCUGAACAGCUUUGAGUCCAUGCUCAUUGGUCUGUUUGACAAGGGUAUACAAUCCACACAGAAUAUCCCUCAACUAGAAAAGUACAUUCUGGAGGACAUCUUCUGGUCAGGGACACCUCUGUUAGAAUCAGUGGGAGAACAUGAACCGCCUGUGGAAGAACUUCGUACCAGUAUCAUCAACGCCAUCAUGAAAGCUCUCAUCCCGCUUAAGGCAUACGCUCGCGAGUACGAGAAACAUCUAGAACUCAUGAAUCUGGACAUCAACAAAUACAUGCAGGAAUAUGAAGCCACAGAGCACACUGCCCAGGAGGUCAAGAAUGAGGUUGAGAUGCACCUGAAGGAGAAGGAAAUUAUUGAAGCCACCAUCCCUAGCAACAUCAUCAUUGGGCCUUUCUGGGUCAUCACAGACUCCGUCAAACAGAACCUAUCAAAGAAACGCAAGAACCUGAGUAAUGUUGUGUUGGAAUUACUUGCCAGGCAACUCAGGAAACAGGCCGAUGAUGCUUGUGAAGAGUUCAAGGCCUUCAGCAGGAAACUGUACGACAAGCCGAACUGUGUGGAGGAACUGUCGGAGAUGAGGGAGUGGAUGAAAGGAAUUCCGGAAAAACUCAAGGAGCACCAGGAGCUGAUCGACAAAGCCAUGGACGACUAUGAACUGAUAGAGGAGUUCUACUACAACUUGUCAGCGGAUGACUUUAAUGCCAAAUGGACUGCCAUUGGUUGGCCUCACAAGAUCGAGGUUCAGAUGGAGGCUACAUCUCAACAGUUGGACGAGGAUGAGGAGCGCUUCCGUAAACUCCAGACCUCGGACCAGGCCAACUUUAACGAUCGUAUGGACACCCUUCAGAUGGUAGUGGCUGGCAUGGCAGCACAUACAGACAUCAGCAAGGCUCACGAGAUAGCCAAUGAGGUGCGCCGUAUUAACAAACAGCUGAAAGAAGCUCAAGUAUUGGCCUCCACGUACAACAACAGGGAGAGGUUGUUUGGUCUGCCGGUCACCAACUAUGAUAAGCUGGCACAACUUGUCAAGGAUUUUGAGCCGUUCAGAAACCUGUGGCUCACCGUGUCUGACUGGCAACGCUGGCAGGAAAGCUGGAUGAACGACCCGCUGACGUCGAUAAAUGCUGAAGAUGUGGAGAAGAAUGUGAAUGAGGCUUACAAAACUAUGCACAAAUCCGUCAGGAUUUUCAACGAGAUGCCAAGUGUACAAAAUGUGGCAUCAGAAAUCAAAGGCAAUGUGGAGGAUUUCAAGCCUUAUAUCCCCCUGAUCCAGGGCCUCCGAAACCCUGGCAUGCGAAACAGACAUUGGGAACAGCUGUCGGGAGAUCUAGGAUUCCCUGUCAGACCCAAGGCCAACUUGACCUUCAGCAAGUGUAUAGAGAUGAACCUACAGGAUCAUAUAGGCACCAUAACCAAGGUGGCUGAGGUCGCAGGCAAGGAAUACUCCAUUGAACAGGCUUUGGACAAAAUGGAGAAGGAAUGGGAUCCUGUCAACUUUGAAAUCUUGUCGUACAAAGACACAGGAACCUACAUCAUCCGAGCGUCUGAGGAUACUUCACAGCUGUUGGACGAUCACAUUGUAAUGACCCAGAGUAUGUCUUUCUCCCCAUACAAAAAGCCGUUUGAGGAUCGUAUCAGUAACUGGGAGAACAAACUCAAGACUACACAGGAUGUCCUGGACGAGUGGCUGGUGUGUCAGAGGUCGUGGCUUUAUCUGGAGCCUAUCUUCAGCUCGGAGGACAUCAACAGACAGCUGCCCGUGGAGAGCAAGAGGUACCAGACGAUGGAGCGGAUCUGGAGGAAGCUGAUGAAGAAUGCCAGAGAGAACCCUCAGGUUAUCUCCCUUUGCCCCGACAACCGUCUGCUGGACAAUCUGAGAGAAUGUAACAAGUUACUGGAACAGGUACAGAAAGGUCUCAGUGAGUACCUGGAGACCAAGAGGAAUGCCUUCCCACGAUUCUAUUUCCUGUCUGAUGACGAGCUGCUGGAAAUCUUGUCACAAACCAAAGACCCGAAAGCUGUACAGCCCCAUCUCAGAAAGUGCUUUGAAAACAUUGCGAAACUCCGAUUUGAGGAUGAUUUGAAGAUCACAAAGAUGUUCUCUGGUGAGGGCGAGAGUGUAGACUUCAAGGAGACGCUGUACCCCACAGGAAAUGUUGAGGACUGGAUGUUGGAGAUUGAGCGCUGCAUGAGAGAAAGUCUUCGGCUAAUCAUCAAGGAGGCCCUGGAAGCUUACAAAGUUAAACCAAGAACAGAAUGGGUACUCGACUGGCCUGGUCAAGUGGUCAUUGCCUGCUGUCAGACCUACUGGACACAGGAGGUCACUGAAGCUCUGGAACAGAACAAGGUCAAGGAGAUAUAUGAAAUUAUGUUGAAACAGCUGGAUGACCUGAGACUCCUGGUGAGGACUGACCUGUCCAAGAUCGGACGACUGACCCUGUCUGCCCUCAUCGUCAUAGAGGUGCAUGCCCGUGACGUUGUCCACAGAAUUGUCGAGGAGGAGGUGAGCAAUGCCAACGCCUUUGAGUGGAUCAGUCAAAUCAGAUACUACUGGCUGGAGGAUGAAAACCUGUACAUACGUGCUGUUAACGCCCAGUUUCCCUACGGUUACGAAUACCUAGGAAACACCUUCAGACUGGUCAUUACACCGUUAACUGAUAGGUGUUAUCUCACCCUGACUGGAGCUCUCCAUCUCAAAUUCGGAGGAGCUCCUGCCGGGCCCGCAGGAACAGGAAAGACUGAGACAACAAAGGAUCUGGCCAAGGCAAUGGCUGUACAGUGUGUGGUGUUCAACUGUUCUGACCAGCUGGAUUUCAUGGCUAUGGGCAAGUUCUUCAAAGGACUGGCGAGUGCGGGCGCAUGGGCAUGUUUUGAUGAGUUCAACAGAAUAAACAUAGAAGUAUUGUCCGUCGUGGCCAUGCAGAUUAUUACAAUACAAAAAGCUUUGGAAGCAAACGUUGAUCGGUUCAUCUUUGAGGGAGUGGAGCUUAGCCUCAAACCUUCCUGCUCCGUCUUCAUCACAAUGAACCCUGGAUAUGCUGGGAGAACUGAACUCCCCGACAACCUCAAGGCGUUGUUCCGUCCCGUGGCUAUGAUGGUACCCGACUAUGCCCUCAUUGCUGAGAUCAGUCUGUUCUCCUUCGGUUUUUCCGACGCCAGAGUUCUCUCCAAGAAGAUUGUGUCCACAUUCAAACUAUCCUCGGAACAGCUCAGUUCACAGGAUCACUACGACUUCGGUAUGCGAGCUGUCAAAUCUGUCAUCUCCGCGGCGGGUAACCUGAAGCGCCAGUUCGGAGAUAUGGACGAGGAACUCAUUGCCCUUAGAGCUAUCCGUGAUGUCAACGUUCCAAAGUUUUUAGUGGAAGAUUUGAAACUCUUCAAUGGUAUUGUCUCGGAUCUGUUCCCCAACAUCAAGGAACAGCCAAUAGACUAUGGAUCCAUGGAUACGUCACUGAGGAAGACUUGUGUUAAGAACGGACUCAAGGAUGUGGAAGGUUUCAUCCACAAGUGCAUCCAGUUGUUUGAGACGACAGUUGUGCGACACGGUCUCAUGUUGGUCGGCCCUACCGGAUCUGGAAAGACCAAGUGUUACGACAUACUGAAGCAGGCAUGCUCCGCCCUCCAGGGGGAGGAAUCACCAGCGGGAUUCCCUUUCCAGACUGUAACGACAUUUGUCCUCAACCCCAAGUCCAUCACCAUGGGUCAACUUUACGGAGAGUUUGACCUCAUGACCCAUGAAUGGACGGACGGUAUCCUGUCAUCACUGAUUCGUGGAGGUGCCUCGGCCACAGACAACAAGAAGAGGUGGUACGUGUUUGAUGGGCCCGUAGAUGCCGUGUGGAUUGAGAACAUGAACACUGUGCUUGACGACAACAAGAAACUCUGCCUCAGCAGCGGAGAGAUCAUCAAACUUUCUGAGGACAUGACAAUGAUGUUUGAGGUCCAGGAUCUUGCAGUUGCCUCCCCUGCUACUGUGAGCCGAUGUGGUAUGGUAUACUUAGAGCCCAGCUACAUCGGGCUUAAACCAUUUGUAGAGUGCUGGCUGCGACAACUGCCAGAAGCCAUUUAUCCGCACAAAGAAAAACUGGAACAGCUGUUUGAAACCUAUAUGGAGCCUGCCAUCAAGUUUGUGAGGAAAAAUAUCAAGGAGGCUAUCCCGACAGUGGACUGCAACUUGGUAUUCAGUUUACUGAAAAUGGUUGAAUGUUUCUUCACCCCAUUUGUGCCUCAGGAGCCAAGUCGGCGGCGAGUGGGUGAUCCGGUCAUCCCUCAGGAGAGUCUUGACCGAUUGGGGGAACUGAUAGAGCCGUGGUUCUUCUUCAGUCUCGUGUGGUCUGUCGGCUGUACUGGUGACAACGACAGUUGGACCAAGUUCUCCAACUGGCUCCAGGAAAAUAUGGCCAAGAACGAGACCAAGAUGGUCUUCCCCUCGGAGGGGCUGGUGUAUGACUAUUAUCUGGAAGAUGGAGGCAUCAGCAGCAACCAGAAGAGUGAUGACCCUGACGAGGAGGAAGGUGACAAGAACCAGGAGACUUCAUCCCCAGCAGCUGUCAUAUCGCUGUCAUCAGCUGCGAUGGUGACGUGGAGAAAUUGGUUAUAUGGUCGCGCAGAGUUCCAGGUAGCCCCUGACACCAAGUUUUCUGACAUCAUUGUACCCACUAUUGAUACCAUCAGGAGUGCUGCCAUCCUGGAGAUGCUACUACUAAACAGGAAGACGGUGCUAUGUGUUGGUCCGACCGGUACUGGUAAGACCUUGACCAUCGCUGACAAACUGACCACUAAGAUGCCCAAAGAGUAUGUUCCGGAGUUCAUUGUGUUCUCAGCCAAGACAAGCGCCAAUCAGACCCAGGACUUGAUUGAUGGCAAACUGGACAAGAGGCGUAAGGGAGUGUUUGGUCCUCCUUUAGGGAAGUACUUCAUCUUCUUCAUUGAUGAUUUGAACAUGCCCGCCCUUGAGACGUUUGGUGCCCAGCCUCCAAUUGAGCUGAUUCGUCAGUGGCUCGACUUUAACGGAUGGUACGACAGAAAAGCUAUUGGUGAGUUCCGUAAGUUGGUGGAUGUGAACUUUUGCUGUGCCAUGGGACCCCCCGGAGGUGGGCGUAACCCAAUCUCUGCACGUCUCGUGCGACAUUUCAACCUGCUGGCAUUCACAGAGAUGGAGGACCACAGUAAGAAGAAAAUCUUCAGUGCCAUCCUCAAGUCUUGGAUUCCCAAUUCUCUGAUAUCACACACGGACUCCCUGGUGGACACGUGCAUCAAUGUGUACAAUGAGAUCAGCUCACAGCUACUGCCCACGCCAGCCAAGUCUCACUACACCUUCAACCUGCGUGACUUAUCCCGAGUGUUCCAAGGCAUUCUCAUGUCAGAACCAGGCAAGAUAGAGCAUACUUUUGGCCUGAAUGACAUUCUCAAGCUGUGGUACCACGAGAGCUGUCGAGUAUUCCAGGAUCGUCUUGUUAAUGAUGAAGAUCGUAACUGGUUUGACAAUCUGAUGAAGAAAAAGAUGAAAAGUGACUUUGACCUUGAGUUUGACAAGGUCGUUGACCAGCUCCCCAUCUUGUUUGGGGACUUCAUUUCUCCUGGAACUGGUGACAGCAAGCCAUACUUGGAGAUGAGGGAUCACGAAAAGAUGGUGAAGGUACUAGAGGAGAGUUUGGAGGACUACAAUCAGAUCACCACUGCCCAGAUGAAGCUUGUACUGUUUAUGGAUGCAGUGAAACACGUCAGCCGAAUCAGUCGUAUUAUCAGACAACCCAUGGGUAACGCUCUCCUGCUGGGUAUGGGAGGCAGUGGUCGUCAGAGCUUGACAAGGCUGGCCUCACACAUGUCUGACUUUGAAUGCGUCCAAAUAGAACUUGCCAAAAACUACGGGACUAACGAGUGGAGGGAAGAUUUGAGGAAGGUGAUGAUGAAGGCGGGGUUGGAGAACAAACCUGUUGUCUUCUUGUUCUCUGAUACACAGAUCAAGAGUGAAUCGUUCCUUGAAGAUCUGAACAACAUCCUGAACGCAGGAGACGUACCAAACAUCUACGGCUUUGACGAACAGGACCAGAUAUACUCGGCCAUGAAGCCCAUCGUUCAGGAUCUACAACUCCAACCAACCAAAACAAACCUGUUUGCCUGCUACACCAAACGUGUACGCAGUAAUCUCCACACAGUCAUCACAAUGAGUCCCUUGGGAGAAGUGUUCCGAGCACGAUUGAGGAUGUUCCCCGCCCUUGUCAACUGCUGUACCAUAGAUUGGUUCAGUGAGUGGCCACCAGAUGCAUUGCGGUCAGUAGCCAUGAGAUUCUUGACCGACAUUCCCGAGUUGGACACAACAGAUCAAGUUAUGGAAGGUUUGGUGAUUAUGUGUCAGGAGAUUCAGAUGAGUGUGACGAGUCAUUCCGAACGAUUUCUGUCCGAGCUCAGUCGUUACAACUAUGUCACUCCAACCAGCUAUCUUGAGCUGCUCAGCAUUUUCUCCAAACUCGUCGUCAUGAAAAAGACGGAACUCAGCACUGCACGGAAACGUCUCAAGACAGGUCUCGACAAGUUGUUGACCACUGCUGAUGAGGUGGACAAACUUUCGUCCGAGUUGGCAACCAUGAAACCCCUGCUGGAGGAUGCAGUGAAGGAAUCCAUCCAAACCAUGGAACAAAUCUCUAAGGACACGGUUGUCGCUAACGAAACGGUGGAGAUGGUGUCGAAAGAGGAGGAGCAGGCCACUAUCAAGGCCAAGGAGACUCAAGCCAUAGCAGACGACGCCCAGCGUGACCUUAACGAGGCCCUGCCUGCUCUCGAAGCUGCUGUGGCAAGUUUGAAGCAGCUGAACAAGAAUGAUGUGGUAGAGGUGCGAGCCAUGGCCCGGCCACCAGAGGGUGUCAAGAUGGUGAUGGAGGCCGUGUGUAUUAUGAAGGCCAUUAAACCAAAGAAGGUGCCUGGUGAGAAGCCUGGGCAGAAAAUUGACGACUACUGGGAGGUCGGUAAGGGCAUGUUGAGCGACCCAGGAAGGUUUUUGGAGAGUUUGUUUAAGUAUGAUAAGGACAACAUUGGCGACGAUACCAUCAAGAAGAUUCAAUCCUACAUUGACGAUGAAAACUUCACGCCAGCAGCCAUUGCUAAGGUGUCAAAAGCAUGUACCUCUCUAUGUAUGUGGACGAGAGCCAUGCACAAAUACCACUUUGUGGCUAGAGGUGUGGCCCCUAAGCGGGAGAGUCUGAGAAUUGCACAGGAGGAACUGGCUCUUACUCAAAAGAUCCUGGAUGAAGCCAAGGCUAGACUUCACGAAGUCCAGGAAGGUAUCAGGACACUACAGGCCAAAUAUGACGAUUGUGUCCGUAAGAAGGAGGAACUAGAGAACAAAUGUACAGAAUGUGAGGGGCGACUUGGCAGGGCAGAUAAGCUGAUCGGAGGACUAGCUGAUGAGAAGGAGAGGUGGAAGGAAUCGGUCCAGAGGCUGGAGAAAAUCAUCGAUAACUAUGUGGGAGAUGUUCUCGUGGCCGCUGGUUAUGUGGCAUAUCUCGGACCCUUCUCGGGUGAGUACAGACUAAGCAUGGAGAAAAAAUGGGUGGAAAAGUUAGACGAGCUAAAAGUGCCAAGGACAGACGAUCCUACGAUUGUUGCCUGUCUCAGUGAUCCCGUGAAAAUCCGGAGCUGGCAGAUUGCUGGUCUUCCAAAGGAUAACUUGUCAGUGGAGAAUGGUGUCAUUGUUCAGUACGCUCAGCGUUGGCCGCUCUUCAUUGACCCCCAGGGCCAGGCCAACCGAUGGGUUAAAAACAUGGAGAAAGAUAACACCCUGGAUGUUAUCAAGCUGUCCGAUAAAGACUUCCUGCGUAGCUUGGAGAACGCCAUCAGGUUUGGAAAGCCUUGUCUUCUGGAGAACAUCAGUACUGAGUUAGACCCUGCUCUGGAACCCAUUCUUCUCAAACAGGUCUUCAAACAACAAGGUAGCAUGGUGAUCAAACUGGGGGACGCUGUGAUUCCCUACCAUGACGACUUCAAGUUCUACAUCACCACCAAGCUUCCCAACCCUCACUACACCCCCGAGGUGUCGACAAAGGUCACACUGGUCAACUUCACACUGUCGCCAAGCGGCCUUGAGGACCAGAUGUUGGGUAUUGUGGUAGCUGAAGAGAGACCUGACCUGGAGGAGGCCAAGAACCAUUUGAUUGUCAGCAACGCUAAGAUGAAGCAAGAACUGAAGGAGAUUGAGGACAAGAUCCUCUUCAAGCUGAGUACGUCCGAGGGAAGCCCUGUCGACGAUGUUGACCUUAUUGCCACACUGGAUGCGUCGAAGAUCAAGUCACAGGAAAUCAAGGCCAAGGUGAUCGUAGCCGAGCAGACAGAGAAGGAUAUUGACGUGACUAGGAGUCAGUACAUCCCCGUCGCCAUCAAUACACAGAUCCUCUUCUUCUGUGUGGCGGAUAUGGCCAACAUCGACCCCAUGUACCAGUACUCCCUCGAGUGGUUCAUCAACAUCUUCCUGGGCGGAAUCACACAUGCAGAAAGAGCAGACAACCUUCCCCAGCGAGUACAGAACAUCAACGACUACUUCACGUUCAGUCUGUACAGCAAUGUGUGUCGAUCACUGUUUGAGAAACAUAAACUGCUCUUCUCCUUCCUUCUGUGUACCAGGAUUAAGAUGAACAAAGGACUAAUCAACAUGGAUGAGUGGCGUUUCAUGUUGGCCGGUGGAAUCAUCAAACCCAAAGUGAUUGACAAUCCCGCCCCAGAGUGGAUAUCUGAACGAUCGUGGAGUGACAUUCUCACCUCAGGAGUCCUUGAAAACUUCUCUGCAUUUGCAGAAGAUUUCAAGAACAAUGUGGAUGGCUUUAAACGCAUAUUUGACAGUGGUGAUCCUCAAAAGGAAGAUUUACCAGGGCAAUGGAAUGACAAGCUAGACUCCUUCCAGAAGAUGAUCGUUCUAAAAUGUCUGCGACCAGACAAAAUUACAAAUGCCAUGCAGGAAUAUGUCUCCAAUAACGUUGGACAGAGAUUUAUUGAACCACAGACGGCCGACCUUCACCUUGUGUACAAAGAUUCGUCCCCGACGACACCUCUGAUCUUCGUCCUCUCCACUGGUACAGAUCCUGCUGCUGACCUCUACAAGUUUGCUGAAGAGAUGAGGUUCACUAAAAAACUCAGUGCUAUAUCUCUUGGCCAGGGACAGGGGCCAAGAGCUGAAGCUAUGAUGAGGAGUGCGAUGGAGAGAGGAAAAUGGGUGUUCUUCCAGAACUGUCACUUGGCCCCAAGUUGGAUGCCAACACUGGAGAGACUUAUAGAACAGAUUGAUCCUGACAAGGUGCACCGAGAUUUCCGCCUCUGGCUGACCAGUAUGCCGAGCGCCAUGUUCCCUGUGUACAUCUUACAAAACGGGUCCAAGAUGACUGUGGAGCCGCCACGUGGACUGAAGGCUAACCUUCUCAAGUCCUAUACAAGCUUCUCCGACGACAUGCUUAACGCCUGUGGGGACAAGACAGAGACAUUCAAGAUGUUAUUGUUUUCUCUGUGUGUGUAUCAUGGUGUUGUGAUUGAGCGUAGGAAGUUCGGAGCUCUUGGUUUCAACAUUCCGUAUGAGUUCACUGAUGGUGAUUUGCGUAUCUGUGUGAGCCAGUUGAAGAUGUUCUUAAUGGAAUACUCCGACAUCCCCUUCAAGGUGCUGGUAUACACAGCUGGCCACAUCAAUUAUGGAGGUCGUGUUACAGACGACUGGGACAGGCGCUGUAUGAUGACCAUCCUCAGUGACUUUUACCGACCCGCUGUCCUGGAAGACGGCCACAAAUACUCGGAAUCAGGAACCUACUAUCAAAUUGACACAUCUAACGACCAUAAUGGAUAUAUGGCAUACAUCAAAAGCCUGCCCAUCAACGACAACCCGGAGAUGUUCUCGCUCCACGACAACGCCAACAUCACAUUCGCUAACAAUGAGACAGGCAACUUGUUGAAUGGACUGCUGAAGCUGCAGCCCAAGACAGCUAGUGGUGGAGGCAAAUCACGAGAGGAGGUGAUGGAGGAAUCAGCCAAAAGUAUUCAAGCCAAGGUGCCCAAGGUGGUUGACAUCAACAUGGUGAUGGAGAAGUACCCUGUGGCAUACGAACAGUCCAUGAAUACUGUCAUCAUCCAGGAGGUCAUCAGAUAUAACCGGCUCCUCGAUGCCAUUCACACAAGUCUGGGAGACAUGCUGAAGGCUCUUAAGGGUCUGGUGGUCAUGUCUCAGGCCCUGGAGGAGAUGGCCAACAGUCUCUACAACAACAUGGUGCCCACUAUGUGGUCCAGCAAGGCCUACCCAUCUCUGAAGCCCCUAGCGGCUUGGGUCAUUGAUCUCCAGACUAGAAUGGUCUUCAUCAACAAUUGGAUUGAAGAGGGAAUGCCCAAAGUAUAUUGGAUUUCCGGUUUCUUCUUCCCACAAGCUUUCCUCACUGGAACUCUACAGAACUACGCCAGGAAAAGUAUCACCUCCAUUGAUAUCAUUGCCUUUGAUUUCCAGUUAAUGAGAGAAACUGUUGAGGAGUUGAAGGGGAGUCCUGAGAAUGGAUGUUAUAUUCGAGGGCUUUACCUAGAGGGUGCUCGCUGGGACAACACCCAUCACCAGCUGGGCGAGUCUCGACCCAAGGAUCUUUUCACAGAGGUUCCUGUCAUCUGGCUCAAGCCAGUCACCAGCCGCAAACUGAGCGAAACUGGAUUUUACGAUUGUCCAGUCUACAAGACACUGACCAGAGCUGGUACUCUGUCCACCACUGGUCAUUCCACCAACUUUGUGUUUUCGGUUGAGUUGCCUACUGACGAAUCACAGAGCCACUGGAUAAAGAGGGGUGUGGCAAUGCUGUGUGCACUCAACUACUGAUUAUCUCCCUUGGAUUAUCUUCCCUUGAAAAGGGAAAAGACUACAAAAUGUGAUAUUCAUUUAUUUCUACAAAUGAAAUAAAUAUAUGUAUAUAAAUAAUAUAAUUACACACAAUGAGAUUCAAACUGGCCUUAGCAAAAGGAGAAAGAAAACAACAUAUCAAGAUGGAUAUUGGAUUCAUAAGAUAUUUAUUUUUCAGUCAGGGUGUGAACAGUUAUACAUGUACUUCGAACUGUGAUAUUUCUACAUCAGGCCUAUUCUCACUGACUCGUAUACCAAAAGUUGUAUUGGUGUGCUGAACUUACCUACUGGUAAUAAAAUGCAGUGAAUACCUACUACCAGAUAUAUUGGUAACCGAUAGUAAAGGAUAUUGCAAUGCUUGUUUAAAAAGCAGAUUUCAAGUUUAUUAUUAAUGGAAGAUAAAUUCUGGUCUAAAUAGAAAUCUUUUAAAGAUACACUCCAAAAUAAACAGUAUUAAUUAUAUUGAAUUUUGCAAAAUCAAAAUUCGCAAUAGAUGUAAUUGUUGAUUGAAGAUUAUUUUUGUAUUAAAAAAAUAUAUAUACAUCAUUUUUAGCCUAAGAGAGAGAAACAGCUUUCAAAACCUUUGUGAGAUAAAUUAUUGUAGAAAAGAAAUCAGUUUUUGGAAAAAUGGCUUAAUUCAAUCUGGUCUUUAUCAAUACUUUCGUAAAUUGCAGAAAAAAGAAAUAAAUACAGUAUUGAUUUUAUAUAUAUAUAUUUACAUGUACAGUAUAUCUUGGUUUGAGUGAUUUUGUUUGGCGUCUUUGCCACCAUCUGUGACCCCGGUCUGUACAAUAACAUCAAUAAGAAAACCAAGCUGAUCAUUGAUAUACACAGUUUGUUUAUAACCUAAAAUUGGUUUGUGUCACAGCUUUGCCGCCUUAAUCAAUAUAUGGAAUAAAUAUGAUGCAAACGAGAGAUUCAUAUCGUCAGAUUCUUCAAGAGAUUCUCAAAUGUUUACUUUACAAAAUGAAUCAAUACGUGCAACAAAUAUGAAGAAACGAGCAGUUUUGUAUCAUCAUCUUUGCAUCAUGUUCUUUAACAAAAUGUUAAUGGAAAAAUUGGGAUCAUUAUAACAGGCAACAUUAAUAUUUAUGUGACUCGUGAUAAGAAAAUUGCCAGAGAAAGCCAACAAAUUCUUCCUUAAUUAUAUUCUGUACAUUUAGAAACAAAUGAUUUUGAAAUCAUCUCAGUAUUUUCAUUAUUUCAAUUUGAUGCAUAUUACAAUUUACUUGUACAUCAGAAAUUUUGAACUUUGUAGGGUUGCGAGCUGUUCUUUUUUGAAACAUUCCGUCCAAUACUUUAACAUUUUACAUGCUCCUAAUGAUAGAUAUUUGCAAAACAUAUUUUUUCUACAAAGAUUUUGUUUAAAUUCAAGUCAUUCCAAAUAAAGAUACCAAGCAAGUGUUUUUAGUGCAAAUCCGUCCAUAUUUCUAUUUAUAAAACAUUUUCAAUAGUAUUUAUUAAGGUUUUAUAUAGCAAUCAUGAAACAUGGAUAUUUUUUGUUUCUCUCUGUUUAUACCAAAAAUAUACUUGAUUGAUAUUUAUUUAAAGUUUUAACUGCUAGGAGAAAUAAAAUCAGAUAUAUGUUAUUAAUUGUUGAUUUGUUUUGGGAAAAAGAAAAAAAAAAUGAAAUAA